GAUUCAAUGCGGAUGGCUCCGCAGAGGCGCCAUGUGUAUCUUUUGUGUAUGGCGGGUGGCGCCCGAGAGGAGCCAAAAUGUUUUCCUGUAAAACUCCGCUAAAAAAGCUUUAUUCAGAGGCUAGCCCUAAAUGAAAGUUUCCUUAUUUGUCACGUAGAUUACGAUACUAGUAUUAGUUUCAAGAUAUAGCGUGAAAAAAGACAUUUCAGAUGUUGUAAACCUUUUCAAUAGAAACAAUAAUUAUGAAAGGUAACUUUUGUGCAUGGCGGGUGGCACCCCAGAGGAGCCAAUAUUUGAAACCAAAAAACUGACUAAUUUAAAUUUAUCAAUAGUACAUAUUUCAGUGUUCUAAAAAUAUUAGUGUCUUUAUUUAUCACGUAGAUCCUUUCCAGAGAAAUCGCUUUAAGGUGUAGCGUGAUUUCACACUCUUCGGGGAUGGUAAACCAUUUUAAGCGUUAUUUAAAUGUUAUUUAAUAUUAAGGGUUACAAACGAAUAGCACUAAUCAUGACAGUUAAAUAUUUAAAAAAUAUCUGUUUUCACUUUUUUUGCUUUGUGGAUAUGCUCUUUUGCAAGUUUAUGGUAAUAACUAGGUAGUUUCUCGAAGUAUGUCCAAAUUUAACCGGACUAGUAAUUGCAUUCCUUAGGUAUCAAGACAAUGUACUUAGUUUAUUUUUGGUGAGAAACAACAACAAAAACGAUUCUCAGAAAAGCACUAUCUUUUGUUGUUAUGCUAUGCAGUCAUAUCAAAGAUGUUUUAAAGAUUUUUAAGCUUUUUAUUGCCCUACUGCUUAUUGUUAAUAUGCCGUGCCGACCGACCCUUUUUAUUGAUGGGCUAGGGAAAGAUGUUAUUUAACUAAAAACAAAAGAAGUCGGUGCCAUAAAUCACUUAACAAGGUUUCUCACGCGCAAAUUACUUAACUAUCGAUGAUGUUUUUUCGUUUACUUCUGUUUUGCUAUUUAUGGUGAUCAGACGUAAGCACGUUGUGACCGUUUAAUGCUCGCUUCUGAAGUCUCUUAGUUUGCCUUUUAACAACUGUGGACUGUGUAUCUGGACUUCGAGAUUUUGCUUCAGUGACUACCCCGGCUAGUAAUUUGGACUCUGUUUUGAUUCUUGACUUUACAAGUUGCUAACCAAAAUGGCUACUCCUCCAUCCCCUGAACCUGGCCCGUCAAAUUGGGAUCUCAUAUCUAUGGAGUUAUCCGGAAUGAUGUCUCCCAGCCAUAUAAACUUAUCAGACAUGCCAUGCAUUGAUGCUAUUAUAAGUGAUGCAGAAUUGUAUGGGAUUUUGGCACAGGAUGUGGAUAACUUUCUGGAAGAUUUGGUAAAUGAAAACACAGAAGAUGAAGAAGCCGUUUGUGCUGAAGAUCAGUUAGAACAGGACGUUGAAAAUACAACUGAGGAAGCCCCUACUACCGAUUGGUUCAAUGGAAACCCCUCGAAUAUGGCCGAGAUUCCUUUUACGGGCACACCUGGUUUAUUACCGCCUCAUAACAUGAGUGGAAAAACACCGAUAGAUUUUUUCUUUUUAUUUUUCAAUAGUCGUAUCAUUGAUUUAAUUUUAAACUGUACAAACAAGUGCGGCAAUGAAUUGAAGAUUGCAGCACGCACCGCACAAGCUCGUUUUACAAAAUGGAAGGAGAUAAGUCUUGAGGAGUUCACGGUAUUUAUUGGCAUAAUUUUAUUUAUGGGUACCGUGAAAGUUAAUAGAAUGGCCGAAUAUUGGUCUCGACAUUAUUUAAUGCGCCUAAGCCCACAUUCAUUUAUGGCUAGGGACAGGUUUUAUUUAAUAUUAAGAGCAUUAAAUGUCCAAGAUGAAAUGAGGCCGGAAAGUAUUUUUAAAGUAAAGUCGUUAAUAGAUAUGUUCAACGAAACAAUGUCCACAACUUAUUACCCAUCCAAUAAUGUUGCAAUAGAUGAAUCCUUGAUUUUGUGGAAAGGACGUCUUUCUUUCCGCCAGUAUUUAAAAGGGAAAGUCCAUCGUUAUGGAAUUAAAUUAUAUAUGUUAGCUGACAUGAAUGGCCUAGUAAUAAAAAUUCAUUUAUAUGCUGGUUCUGGGGAUCAAUUGGUAGGUGGAAAAAAUCAUGUAAAAAAAGUAGUAAUGUUGUUAAUAGAAAAAUAUUUAAAUAAAGGCCAUUCACUUUAUAUUGAUAAUUAUUAUAGCAGCGUUGGUUUAGCAGAGGAGCUUUUAGAUAAAAACACGUACGUAACAGGUACACUACGAGCAAAGCGCGCUGGUAAUCCCACUUUAAUUAAUAUAAAAUUAAACACCGGUGAAUCUUGUAUUGUUCACAAUUCCAAAAAAAUUGUUGUUACCAAAUGGCAGGAUAAACGCGAAGUGCUGCUUUUGAGCUCGCAGCAUAAAAGCAUUUACAAAGGGACUAAUAGUCGCCGAAUACGCACUAUAAAGUAUAAGCCUGAUGUACUAAUUCAGUACAAUAAAUACAUGAGAGCAAUUGAUAGGCACGACCAGCUUUUAAGUUAUUAUUCCUGCAAACACAAAACCUUACGUUGGUAUAAAAAAAGUUAUAAUCCAUUUAAUCCAAAUAUGUUUGGUGAAUAGCUUUCUUUUAUAUCGAGAAAUAAGCAAAUCGAAUAUAGAAUUAUAUGAUUUUAGAAAAAGUGUAUUAGAAAAUUUAUUAAAGCCACCAACCGUGCCACAACGAUCCCUUGUUGAAAGAAAAAUACAUUUACCUAGUACUUUUACUAAGAGUGGUGGAAGGACAAUGAGAAAGCGAUGCAGAGUAUGCUAUAGCAAAACUAAAAAAAGAAACUUGGUUAUGUAUGGUU